AUGUCUGUCUCGCAGGGCUGGCGCAUAUUUGACGAAAGCUCUGUCUUGCAGGAGGUCACAAAUGCUGCGGGUGAAAGAAGCUCUUCUCCAUUCCGCAGGUCAAGAGCCAGCUUUCAUGGUGGAAAACGUACCCGCUCUCCGGAGGCGAUGCAAGUUCCUGAGUUACUAUCCUUGUGCCUCUCAGUUUUGACUUCUGUCGUCGCGGAAGAUUGCCGAUACAAGAUCAUUUCUCCCCGGCCAUCUCGUCCUCCGAACGCGUUGCAGGCUCUAACUAUAAAUGUCGCGCAGCUUCUUAUUCACGCAAAUCGCCACGAUCCACGCGUUAUUUCCCAGAUCGGGUUUGCCGUGAUUCCAACAUUUUCGACCUUCCACCCAGAGUUGCAUCCUCGUUUAUUGUCUUUCUUUGAGGAAAAUCUCAUCAGGCCAGCCCUUCAGCACCUUAGGCAAAUGCAGGGCGUUGAGGAAAUUGAUGCCACCCCGCUUGACCAAGAGGAUGUGGGUGCUUCGGUUGUGGCCAUUCAUGUUGACGGCGUCGAAGAUGACGACGGGAGGGAGGCUUCUCGAUUCAAACCUACUUUGAAAGUCCGAUCUACCAGCGCCCCACACCAAGGCCUACAUAUGUACCAUCUAGCUUCUCUAGUUUCUCCGCUUCUGGCGGCAAUUUUGGAAUGUGUUGACAUUGAACACCCUUCCGAAAGCCACAGUGAUCUGCCCUAUCGCUUCUACAGGCUUCUCGACUUAAUUUUGACCUUGAAGGUCGACGCGUACAACGAUCUAUUCCAAGUUGUGGCAUAUCACGAUUCGAAGUCAAGAAAACUCGCUGUGACUUAUCUGGCUAUGCAUUGGCCUAAAGCCACCGGGCAUGCCACGAUCAGUGGUCCCCUUUUCCUGGAACACAACGGGGUUCUCGGACAACCAGCGUGGACUCGCAAGCAGGCAGACGACCACCGAUUUUUGCCAUGGAAGUUUAUUCACAGGGACGAUUGGGUCAGCUUUGAUGGUAGUUCUCAGCAUGACUGUCGUUCAUGCACCAAAGCCAUCUACGGAUUUGGGCUGUUAUGUCCUUUCUGCAUGUGUGCCGUUCAUUUUGACUGUUAUGACUAUCCGGAGGGAAAUCACCUCAUCCAGUAUGAGAUGGAGACCGACUCCAACGUGCAACGAGUGGCCAUGUAUCGGUUUUCUACAAAUUUUGAAGGAGGGGCUAACAACGCAGGUAUUAUCCAUGAAAAUCAUCACGCUUUUAGGCAGGUCAACCUUUUCAAUAUUUGCCUUUGCUACGUCUGCCGGGAUCCACUUUGGGGAUGUGCGGCCCAAGGAAUGAAGUGUGACACAUGCUCGUUGUGUGUACAUGCUACCUGUUUGUCCUCCACCAUAGCGGAAUGUGGUACGGCCAAAAUCACCUCGAGGCAUAUGGUGAUUGAAUGGCAAACUUUGAGACGGACCUGUCUUGAAUACUUUGCCGACAUUUUUCUCACACAAGAAGGCUCAGAACUACUCGGCUAUGAAGAAGUUUCCAUUUCCUGUGGCGUUUUAGAAACUCAACUGCAAAUUCUUACCAACGGAAUCGCUUUAGGUUCCAUUGUUGUUCUGCAGAAUGGCAAGAAUGUGGCUCAUACCAAAAACUACAAAGUCGAUGAAUUUGAGUUGCAUCGAGCGCUGAAAGUCUAUAUGGAUCGUCUAGCUUCAAAUAAUCUGCCUUGCUCAGCGGCUACAAAGGAAUACAUAGAGGAAAACUCUUUGUUGUCGUCUAAACAUUCAAUAAUGUUCGAUCUUUCCAACCUUGUCUACAUAUCAACAUCCUUGAAGGCACCUCUGUUAGCCACUCCGGAUCCACCGUCAUCAGACUUGCUGAAUGUCGCUCAACUCGACCAACUUCCCGAUUCCACGCACAUAGACGCCCACCCUUACGAACUUUUACCUUUGUCGCAUCUGCGAGAGGUUUUGGACACCGAGUUCAACGUACGCUCGAUUGGGGCUGCAAAGCUUAUCUUACGACAUCUGGACCAUCUUGCCUUCUUCGAUCGGGUGGAUCAGAGCCCUUAUCCAUUCGAUAAUUUUAGAACGGAUCAGAAUGUUGGAUGUAUAUUUCCCUUACCCCUUGGGCUCGAUUUAUCAACGGAUGUGGAAACUCUCGUUUCUGCAGUUGAGUCGUGUCUCGCCGAUCUGGACCUGUCGGUGAACGAGUUCGCCCUCCUCCUUGUCGUACGCAAGCUGUGGCCCAACGGCUUGAUGUCGGAGUACGGAUUGAAGAGGGUCGGCAGAAGUGUCAUUUACUGGGUAUUAGCUGAGGAUGAUAACCUGGCAACCGUGCUCAGGGACUUCGUAGCCAAAAAGGACGCUUUUCCUCGACUGAGAUCAAUAACAUCGUGGCCUUUCUCGAAAAGUUUGCGCCCUGGAACAACAUCUACUUCCAGCAAUAGCGGCGAUUAUAUCGCAGUUAGACGAUUAUUAACGACACAAUACGUUCUUCCUUGGCUGCUUGCCUUGCACAAUCAAGACGCUGACCUAUAUAAGGAUCUUCUCUACGAUACUUGCUACGAGUUUGCGGGAGGUGAAGGAUUCGAUCCGUAUAUACUCAGUCCUAACCUGGCAGAUCAAGAACAGUUGUUCAGGCAAUCUGACAACACUUUCCGAUCGAUUCUCAGACUCUUUCAUGCCUCUGUCAUCUUCAGUGUGUUCGAUGGUGUUAUCCUCCGCUGGCUGGAAUUUAUCACGACUUCAAAUUUGUAUUCGAAGCCCAUGUCUUCCCUGUCCCGGCUGUUAUCCCAUGAAGCCGGAACUGCACAACGAUUGAGUAGCCUUAUGGAUCUAACAUCCCCAACCGUUAACCAGCCUGGAUCAUCAUCCGUCGACCCACUCCGCGUAAUUGUCAACUUUGCCCAUCAAACGCCACGAGGAUUGUCCAUCAGCCUUCGUUGGCUUCUUCUGUUCUCUCGUUCUGGAAUUGACAUACCGACCGCAAUCUUCAUGCAAUUCUGCUCCCUCGUCACGGCUCAAGAACAAUUGAUCAACGUUCAGGUGUUGGUGCAAGCGGUCCUGUCCUCUGUUUGGUUGAGAUCUCUAGGAAGGCAGGAUAUUCAACAAAUUCUCGCCGCUUUGCAUGCUCAGUUCUCACGUAACAUCUUGGAAUCCCUCAAGUCUGCAAAAGAUAUGCUACCAGCGUGGGACCUUCUAUUAUGA